AUGAUUGUGGGUGUGAUUAGUAGAUUAAUUGGCAAGGUGUUUGGUAAAAAGAGGACAGAAUUCAAAGAUGAUUUCGAUAAGGCAAGAUACACGUUGGGAAUAGAUAACGAAUUCAUAAGCAUAGAAGACACUAAACAAAUUUACUACAAAAACAGAAGAAAACCAAAGAGGUUUAGCAUGGUGGAAAUCAACUGGGCCUAUGAGUAUCUGAUGAAUAAUAUUGAGAUUGAUUUAUACGAUAAGAGUAAUAUUGAGGUGUAUAAGGAUGAUUUCUAUGACAGAAUAAGCAGAAUAUACCUGAACAAAUGUAGAGGAGUUAACAGCUUUGAUAGUAGUAGAGAUCUAAUCAAGUAUUACAAGAGUGUAUCAAUCAGUGACAAAUAUGUAGAAAAAAGAGUUAGAUACCUGACAAGUGUGCUGAGUUACAGGAUGAAAGAGGACAAGAAGCCAGAAGAAAGAAGUGAAUCAGGCAAAAAAGAUAAAGUUGUUGUUAAGGAAGUUCCAAAGGAAAAGGUGUACAAAUACAGCUGUACAGAAUGCAACAAGAAUUAUAUGACAAGUAGGACAUUUGAGAUGCACCUGAACAGUAAGAAGCAUUUAGAAAAAAGUGGAAUAAAAGAAGCCAUUGGAAUCAAAACAGAAGAGGCUAAACCAGUUAAGAAACAGCUUUCAGUCACAUCAAAAAGAGCCAAUUUGCAGAAAUCAGAAUCAAAAAAGACAGAAUCUCAUAGCAGUCUCCAAACGUACCAAACCGAGCAUUCACUCUUUCUAACGUGUUCAAAAUGCAAGAAAUCGUUCAAAUCGCGCCUUGAACUCAUCAAACACGUUCAAGAAUGCAUGAACAAAUAA